AUGUCAACGAUAUCACCCGACAGACCUGGUAGAUCUUUAUUGUUAGCCAGUCUUUCUCUGAGUAAUCCAAUUCCUGCCUUAAUUGCAGCUUCUCUUUAUUCCAACUCUGAAAAUGAAAGUGUUUACUCUAUCUUUGACUGUUUCUGUUGCUGGCUUCAUUCGUCAUUUAGUCUUGAUUUCAAACCUCGAUCACCAUCUAGUUACAACUCUAUAAUUUGGAAUCAGCAAGACUUUAAUGCAAUGAUUCAGAAUGCUCUUCAAGUUUCCAGUAAUUUCCUUGUUUUCCGCAAUGGUCUCAGAAUAUUUGCUGCUCCCAAUAAUCCAUUGAGUGAUCUGAUACAAUACUUUAUUGAAUUCCUGGUAGAAAAGGAUUAUUAUGAUAGUGUUAAAAAACUGAAAACAUUCCAAGAAUGCUUAUGGAAUUAUAAGAAAGACCAAGACGAUCGUGGACUUUUGUCCAGUAAAGCUUGGAUCGAAGAAACGAGCAUUAUUAUUUUGUCGAAUGGAUUAAAAGCUGUUGAUUGCGAGUUCGAGCUUAAUAUUUUAUUGCGUCAUUUAGAUUUUGCUCGACUUCAAAGUAGUUUUGAUGAACAAACUUCUGUUCCAGAUUUCCGUAAACUAUAUCGACUAUCUCAAUGUCUACAAGAUACUGAUCUGAAACUAAGCAUCCCUGAUCUUCUUAGUACGCAGUCUGGAACCAAAAAAUACAACGAUUCUAUACUAGAAGUUGUGUACAGCUUACAGGACAAAGGAUUUACAGCGAGGCUCAACAAGUUCAGAAACUCUGUUGAAUCAGAACUUAUUAAAGCUUUCAUACACGCCAAAGAUUUUUAUUAUGCAACCAGAUUAGAAUGUGAUCCUGUUGAAACUACGAUUAAUGAGAUCGAUUUAUGGAGUACAGUUAUUUCUCUUGAAAUGAAUUCAAUUAAUCCAGACGAGCUAAUUGAUUGGACUGAUAUUUGGGAAAAUAUUUUAGAUAUAUGCAAAAGUAUUGUUCCUGAGGGUCAAGCUACUAAAUUACCGACAAUCAUUAAUGAAAAGGCAAGGUUAAGUGAAGAAAAGGCUAAUACAUUAAAGGUCAUAAUUGGUAAAAUUUUAAACGUUGGUAAAAUCGAUCUAGCAUAUCGUUUGUCUCAUCUUUUCUUCCUUAAAAGUCGAGAUUUACUGCUUAUCAAUUUUUGCAAUCUACUCGCUGAUGGAUUUUUUGCUCAUGUUUGUCCUAAAUCUUACAUCGAAACUCGCGCUAAGGAUUAUGGUUUCACAGGAUUGAAUGAAGUUGUGCAAAUGUUGAAUGAUUUUUCCCCAACUGUUCCAAGUAAUGUCGUCAAAAUUCUGGAAAAAUGUUCAUCUCUCUCUGAACAUGCCGUAAAUGCCUGCCAACGGAUAGUCCUCUAUUACAAAAUAUCAUUUGUUAUUGAACGCUCAUAUUUAGAUCUUUCUAGAGAACGCGAUGAAUUGGCAAUAUUGUCAGAAUUAAUCAAAAGAUCUUCCUCAAAUGUGGACGCUCUUCCUUACGCCAGAGAAUUGAUAACAUUUGCCAAAAUUGGGGGAUGACCAAGUUUCAAGCUUAGUUUUGGAUGCAAUUAUACCAACGAUUGAAGAGUACCUUGUUUCCCUCGAAAAGAAAGGAUUCAACAGCUAUUCAACUGAAAGUUCUAACCCUUCCACCUUUCUUGCGUUGAUUCGUUUAAUCAAUGAUCCUGCUAUUUUGGGAAGAAAAUUUAUUGACAUU